CGUGGUUGAGCUGUUGCUGCUGUAAUUCACGACAAGCCUACUCAGCAACUGAAUUUGUGUGCUGCUGAUAGUUUGUAGCGUUUGUAGUAUAUUUCACCCAUUACAUUCGACUCAGUUCUCAUUUCUCUUCGCACGUUUGGAUCGUUUACAACGUUUUGCUUCGGACAGCACGCGUUUGUUUUUCGAGCGCGGAUUCAUAGUGGUGUACAGAAGAGUGUAGUGCUAGCUAAUCUUGUAACACACCUGGGGAAUACAGCUUUCCUCAGCCUUUUGAUCAUUGAGAGCUACUUGCGAUUGUUGGAAGGAAGAUCAUUUUGAGGAUACCGUUGAAGUUAAAAGAAGGCCUGCAACAAUCGAAUGUUUGUGACAAAGAGAAGCAGGGAAAAUCGUGAUCCUCACUAGUGUUCAAUAUUGACAAACAGUUUUGUGAUCGCUCAACAACGUUUGUGGAUGAUGUAAUGGAAAACAAUUUCCUUGAAGGGGACACGCUCGUUUGAAACUGUGUUGUAUUUUGAAUUUUCUCGAACAGUCAGCUAACGUUAGCAAUGAGUUUGGCAUUGAAUUUCGAGCGCAAAUGUCGCACCUGUGGAACCGAUAUCCUGGAGCUGUCCUGUGGGAUUCCCAUUUUUGGAAGUGGCCUUCAGCUGGACCACAAGAUUAACCGCUAUCUCAGUUUGAAUAUAUCCCUACACGAUGAUCUCCCGAAAUGCCUGUGUGCCACGUGUUUCAUCAAAAUCGAAAGUAUCGACAAGUUUGCCAUCUUGGCCAAAAAGACGGAAGAAGCCUAUCUGGGGUGGUUCAAAUGCAUCCGUGCCAACUUGGCCCAACAUUACAACAGCCCCAUCAACGCCAUUCAACAGUUAAAUAAACUCUCUCCUACUGCGAUAACAUCCGGUGGCACCACAAUAUCCGUAGCGGGACCUUCGGGCACAACUCCGGGACAAAAAAUUGAUUUCAAUCUACUAAAGCAAGUUGUAGAUGAGCAAAUUACCACCAACCAGGCGGAUUCGGCUUUGGGUUUAAACUUGCAACCGGUUAAACUGAUCAAACCGGAUGUUUCGAUUGUUUCGUAUAGUGAUUUGAAACUUGGUUUACUGAUCAAAGACCAGGAACUGCUCAAAUUGAUCUUGAAGGCAUUGAAAUGGGCCGAUCAUGAUCCGAGGGCUACUUUCGACAUUCUGAUGCAAAGAUUGAAGAAUACCACAUUCCGAGAGAUUCUCUCCAAUCCGAACCUGCUCAAAGACAGCGACCUGAUCCAGCUGCUGAAAUCCUACAUCGGUCAAGAAGCGUUCAAUAAGUUUACAGCUGCAUGCAACCCCCCGAUUGUGACGACGAUGCCAAGCGGUUUGACCAUUCGCCCAGUAUUACAGACACCGCCAGUGAGCCCUCAGAAAUCGAACGCCUUAUCGGAGCCAUCGAAGCCUGUGAGUUCGAUCAGAAUAACCACCAAUAUAGCUGCAGCGAUCGCAAAAGCUGAGCGUAGAACGUCACCGGUUGAAGAGGGAGCUGUUACCCAGAUGGAGGUCGGAGUGGACCCGAGCUUGUUCCUCGAUGAGGAAGAAUCUCGAACGCGCGAAAGGCCUCCGGAACCGGCUAGCAAAAGGGCAGAAAAUGUUGUCACAAUCAAAUUGGUACCGGCACAUUUGAGCAAGGAGGCUUCGAAUGAAAAGAUGAUUCCCGCUAUAUUGAAAUGUGACGUUCGCAACAGUUCACGGCAUGUUUGCUCCAGUUGUGCCCAGACUUUUGCUUCCAAAAUGGAACUCCAACAGCACGUUGUAAUGACCCACGUUAUUGCUCAACCCAAGCCUAAGCCCGCUUUGGAAGAACCAACAUCGAAAAAAGUCAUCAAAAUAAGAGUAAAGAAACCGAAACCUGCUCCUCCCGCAAUAGUUGAGCCUGCUCCAAAACCUGAACAAAUUCUCAGCUCGUUGAAUCCUCCAAUCACAAUUCCUGCAUCAACCAGCAUCACCUUGAUCUCUCCCGUUGCCAAGCCUCCCGAACCUAUAGAACCGGAGUUGAUCGUUGAACCAAUAAUUGUUCCGCAAUCAACUGACAUCGAAAAAGACAAGCGUGAAGACCAGGCAGUCGAACCUGAAAUCGUGGUCAACAAUUCGGAACAACCGUUAAAACCCCAAAAGUCAGUUGAUCUGGUAAAGGCCAAACCUAAGCCCACUACGAAACGUAAACGUGAGAAAAUUUCGAUCAAACUGGAUCUUUUGCCCAGAAAACGUGCUCGCAGACUUCAGGAAGCCACGAAAAAGACCGGAACAAAACUACCCUGUGUGCAGUGUAACAAGAAGUUUCCCUUGAAAUCCACCCUUAAAGUUCACGUAAAAGCUGCCCACAGUGAUCCCAGCAAAGGAAAGCUGGCUUGCGGAAAAUGCGAUCAGAUAUUCAAGACGCAAGAGCUUCUGGCCACCCAUAAACUAUCCCACGUGGCAGCAAAAUUCAAUUGCGACAAAUGCCGCGAGAGCUAUCCCACUAGCAGUGCUCUGAAGGCUCACAAACAGACCCACAACGAAUUGCGGCUGCAUCGGUGCUCAAAUUGCAGCAAAUCGUUCAAUCGAGCGCAAGAUUUGAAGAUUCAUAUGAUCGAACAUGCCCCGAAGGAAAAAAAUAAAGCUGCCGUUCGGGAACGAACAUCCACCAGAUCGACGAAAACAUCCGUUGAGCGGAAAGCCACACGAAUCAAUACAUCAGGUGAAAUCAAACCGAGCCGGACGAGCAGUAGAAAAGCUAAGGCUUAAAUUUUUCUUCUUACUAUCCAAUACAAAUGUUAAACUAUUUUCAUAACUUUAUCUACCAUUCAUCAAGUGAAUUUAUUGAAACAGAAGUUUUCGUGUGAAUUUAUUUUUGGAUUCAUUCUGUGAUAAAUUUGUGCAAAUAAAUAUAUUUUGAAAUUGUUCGGAAA